AUGAGCACGCCUCGGCCCUCGACCUCGUCCGUACGCUCGUCCUCGGUGCGCUCGUCCGCGUCGUCGUCCUACUCGUACACCCCCGACCACGACAAGGACUUUCUCCCAAACCUCAUCGCAAAGUACGGCUCGUCCACCUCGACCGCCUGGCUCGAAGACCGCUACGCCAUCUGGCGCUCGCCCGACCACCAGCAGUCGAACCCGCGCGUGCAGGGCUACCUCCCACGCGGCAGCUUCUACUUUGCCUGGGGUCCGCCCAUCUGCCGCGACGACCCCGACAUCCGGCACUCGGUCGCGCGCGAGUUUGUCGAGUGGGCCACAAAGACAAAGAAGCGCAGGGUCGCGUACUGCGUCGUCGACACCGAGUUUGCAGAGUUGCUCGGGAAGGAGUUUGGGUGGAGCGUCCUUUCCUGCGUCCGUGAAGACGUCCUGCACCCCGACAUCAAGAAGCUCGAGGAGAAGGAGGUGCGACACAAUAUCCGACGGGCAGACCGCGCGCACGUCAAGUACGACGAGAUCAAGCUCAAGGCGCCCUCGUACGCGCCUCCCGAGGACGUCAAGCACGAGAUUGAGGCCGGACUCGACAGGUGGAAGGCCAACAGGCAUGGGACGCAGAUUGCGGCCGCCGGCCUGCAUCCCUGGCUCGACGCACAACAUCGCCGCUACUUCCUCGCGCGAGACGAGCACAAGAAAAUCGUCGCCAUCUGCAUCCUGGCCCAGAUCGCGCACGACUCGUACCAGAUCAAGCAUGCGGUGACUUUCCCCAACGCACCCGGCGGCACCUCCGAAGGCCUCCUCGGGCACGUAAUCCGCGAGAUGCAGUUCGAAGGCCGCAACGCCCUGACGUUCGGCGCGUCCGCGACGAGCGAAAUCAACCCCGAGUACAACCUCGGUGGGUGGAAGAUCCGCAUGUUGGGAAAGGCGUACAAGAAGAUUGUCGCGAGGUAUGGGCUGGCGAAUCGUGGGCAGUUUAGGGCCAAAUUCGGCACCGAAGACGAACCACUGCACAUCGCCUACCCGCCCAACUCGUUCGGCUGGUCCGGCCUCGUCGCCAUGAUGAAGCUCAUGAAGGUCUGA